AUGAUGUAUCGUGCUGUGAUAUUUUUUGUGUUUGUGGCAUCGGCCGCCCCUGAUGACAGCUGGAGACAAUGUUACGGAGUACAAAAUUAUAUGAUGCAAUGCUGUACCGGAAUAACUACGCGUGCAAUCACCGAACAUAAAGUUUUCAUGGAAUGUUUUGAAAAUAGAAAGCCAGGGCCUCCACCUCCCGUUUCAUGUGAAGUCGACCAAUGUGUAGGUAAAAAGUUUGGUUACUAUGGAGACGAUGGUGUCGACAAAGAAGCCUUCACAAGCUUCAUAGAGAAUAAAAUUGUAGAUAAUGAAGCACUCGUCGCUGUUAUCAAGGAGAAAUGCAUAAAUAGUGAUUUAUCUAAGUAUGGACACCCAGACUUGUGUGAUAUUAUGAAAAUGCAGAUCUGCUUCUACAAUCAGUUCUUAAAGGAAUGCCCCAAGUGGAGUAAUGAAGAUAAAUGCGAGGGAUUUGAGGAAAUUGUAAUUCCAGAGUGUGUUUUUGAUGAUUAA